CCACCGAAGGCAAAAAUCUUCAGAACGAAACUCAUAGAGAUACGCACGCAGAGCACACUCACACACAGUCGAAGAUGAUUGGAGAACUGGAUGCUGAUGCUGUUGCUGGGUACUUCAGGGGCAAGAGCAUCCUGAUUAUUGGUUCAACUGGUUUCCUAGGGAAAGUGCUCGUGGAGAAGAUACUGAGGGUUCAGCCCGACGUCAAGAAGCUCUUCCUCCUAAUUCGAGCCGCUGGCGUUGAGUCCGCAAAGCACAGGGUUGAGACUGAGGUGACAGGGAGGGAGAUCUUUCAAGUUUUGAAAGAAAAGCAUGGCGAUAGGUUUGAUGAUUUCAUCCAAGAAAAAGUGUGUCCUUUGGCAGGAGACAUCGUGUAUAAGAACUUGGGGCUAGACCAUGCCAAACUAACAGAAUUAUCGAAGGGAAUCAAUAUAAUUGUGAAUGGAGCUGCAACUACAAAUUUCUAUGAAAGAUAUGAUGUGGCUUUUGACACAAAUGUCAUGGGAGCCAAGCACAUAUGCGAAUUUGCAAAGCGGUGCAAUAAACUCAAGAUGCUGCUACAUGUUUCAACUGCUUAUGUAGCCGGUGAACAAGAAGGGAUACUACCAGAGAAGCCAUUCCUGCUGGGUGAAACCCUGAGGGAAGGCGUGCACCUGGAUAUUGAGUCCGAAUUAAAUCUGAUACAAGAGACCAGGAGAGAGGUGGAAGCCAACUGUUAUUCAGAAAGGGUUGAGAAGAGAACCAUGAAGGAGCUCGGCCUCAAAAGGGCAAGGGAGUUUGGGUGGCCGAACACCUAUGUAUUCACCAAGGCAAUGGGGGAGAUGCUGCUGGGACACCUACGAGGCGAUCUCCCAAUUGUCAUUAUCAGGCCGAGCAUCAUAACUAGUAUCUUGAAUGAGCCACUGCCUGGAUGGAUGGAAGGGAUCAGGACAAUUGACUCGUUUAUCAUUGGUUACGCCAAGCAGGCUUUGUCCAUCUUCUUAGUCGACCUCGACUUGAUAAUGGACGUGGUUCCGGGGGACAUGGUGGUGAACGCUAUGAUGGUGGCAAUGGCGGUGCACUCGGAGGACCAGGGGCAGAGCAUCUACCACGUGACCUCAUCACUGCGCAACCCCGCGCCCUACGCCGUCCUUGCGGACUCAGGCGGCCGGUACUUCCUCCACAAUCCACCGUGUUCCAAGAAGAACGGCGAGCCAGUGCGGCUGAGCAGGAUGCGCUUCUUCCGCACCCUCCCCAGGUUCCGCGCGUACAUGGCCGUCAAGUUCAGGCUUCCCCUCGAGAUCCUUCGCCUGCUGAACAUCGCCCUCUUCGGCGCCUUCUCCCGGCGCUACGGCGAGCUCAGUCGCAAGUACAGAUACGUCAUGCAUGUUGCUGAGCUGUACGCGCCAUACGCCUUGUUCAAAGGGUGCUUCGACGACACGAACACCGAGAGGCUGAGGGCGGCGCUGAAGGCGAACAAGGAGCAAAACAAGAGCAGGGGAUACGACUUUGGAUUCGAUCCCAAAUCGGUCGAUUGGGACAACUAUUUCUACAGCGUACACAUCCCCGGUGUGGUCAAGUACCUCUGCGAUUAGAUUGAUGUAAGAGCUUGGAAUGUAUCUUGCGUGUUUGUAGUGGGUUUGAAAUGUACCCUAAAAUAUGCAUGAAGUGAGCAAUACCUGGACUACUGGAUUUGGGAUCCAGCACUGCAGUUUCUUGGCUGGAGCAAGAAAUUAACGGCCGGUGAGGCCAUCUGUUUGGCUCAUUUGGCUAUAUCAAUGAUAUUCCUUGGAAUUGUGAGAA